AUGCCCAGGUGGCACUGGGUCCACAUGUGCAGCUGGUCCCCAGUCUUCGAGCUGACCAAGCCCCAGGUUGAGCAUCGCCACCGUACGGGCUUCGCCAUCCCAGCCCGCAUCCUCCGGCAGUCCCUUGGGCAGCUUGCUCCGCCCUUGCAAAGCAGAGGAGGAAACAGGGCACGAGCCWGAGGCAGGGUGCUGGGGCUCCAAACAGCGGUAAGCACAGGGGUGCAGGCCUCUUCCUCCUUGACUCUGGGCGUCUCUUGCAGCUUGGCCAACAUCCCGUUGACUCCGGAGACCCAGCGGGACCAGGAGCGGCGGAUACGCAGGGAGAUCGCCAACAGCAACGAGCGGCGGCGGAUGCAGAGCAUCAACGCGGGCUUCCAGUCUCUGAAAACGCUCAUCCCACACACGGACGGCGAGAAGCUCAGCAAAGCGGCGAUCCUCCAGCAAACUGCCGAAUACAUCUUUUCCCUGGAGCAGGAGAAGACCCGGCUACUGCAGCAGAACACGCAGCUCAAGCGGUUCAUCCAGGAGUUCAGCGGCUCCUCCCCGAAACGGCGGCGGGCGGAGGACAAGGAUGAAGGCAUCGGCUCGCCGGACAUCUGGGAAGACGAGAAGGCCGAGGACCUGCGGCGGGAGAUGAUCGAGCUCCGGCAGCAGCUCGACAAGGAGCGCUCGGUGCGCAUGAUGCUGGAGGAGCAGGUUCGCUCCCUGGAGGCCCACAUGUACCCCGAGAAGCUGAAGGUGAUUGCUCAGCAAGUGCAGCUCCAGCAGCAGCAGGAGCAGGUGAGGUUGCUGCACCAGGAGAAGCUAGAACGYGAGCAGCAGAUCCGAACCCAGCUCCUGCCAGCACACGGUCCCCCAGCGCCCACCCACCACCCCACUGUGAUCGUACCAGCGCCGCCUCCCUCCCAUCACGUCACCGUGGUCACCAUGGGCCCAUCGUCUGUCAUCAACACAGUCUCCACGUCCCGGCAAAACCUGGACACCAUCGUUCAGGCGAUCCAGCACAUCGAGGGCACGCAGGAGAAGCAGCUGCAGGAAGAGGAGCAGAGGCGCGCGGUCAUCGUGACGCCCGCGCGGGCCUGCCCCGAGCCCUCCGCCUCCGACACCGCCUCCGACACGGAGGGCAACGACAGUGACUCCAUGGACCAGAGCAAAGAAGACCCCUUGGGGGAAGGGGAACUGCCCUGACACCCCCUGGCCGGCAACUGGGGAGGGGACGGGGCAGGGGAGGGAAACGUCAGAGAAUAUGCUGAAAUUUUUAAAAAAUACAAUGCGAUUUGGGUCUCUUUUAUGACCUUUUUCCUAUACUGUAAAUCAGAGCGCUAGAAGCAGGCAAAGUUCACUGUUCAGUUCUAAGCAAGGGGAGACGGG